AUGGCCGAAGAACACAUCGACAGUCCAAGCAUCGCGUCACCGCACGCUAUUUGGACAAGAAAAAAUGUGUGGAAUGGUGUUUUCGAUUACUUCAAAAAACGCUCGCUGGACUCGAAAAUAAGUGAUACACUUGUAAACUACAAAACGAAUCAACAUGUGCCAAGCGAGAAACAAGGCAAGACCGAAAUCCCGAAUGUGUUAUCAAGUAAAGACAGAAAUCGCGUUAUAGCACCUGAACUACACUCAAUAGACGAAACGAACGAUGCUAACGAUAAUAAUGAGCCAGAAGAAGUCAGAAAGAGCGUGUGGAGCGACGUCGACGACGAACUAUACAUUGCCGAUCUGAUAAAAUUACGAACUUCAAAUGUGGACGAUCGUGUGAAACGUGAUACUGGUGCUCGAAUAAGUGUUAGUGAUAUCAGUGAAAAGGUUGUGAAUAGUGUUAAGUUAGAUAAGUACGAGAUGUGGGAACUGGACACGACAGAACUGACUGAGUGCGAGUGUCUCGGGCCCCCGCCUGAGUUCCUGCUGCCGCCGCCGCCACGACCGCCAUUCCUGCAAGCCGAGUACUACUGCGGUGAUGACCCAAUACCAGACAUAGAGACGUGCGAUACGGAACCAAAGAUAGACGCUUACAACCACAGUGGGCCGUCAUUCCAGACAUCCGCUGUGAUCGCCCUCUGCUCGAUUGUCCUAUUGGUGGGAGUUCUCGUCGGUGCUGUACUGGUUUGGAAGCAUAAGCGGAAAGUUACCAACUUUCUGCCUUCGAAGUCAUCUGCACCUUCACAGAGCUCUGGGUCUCAAAGGAGGGCACCACCACCGGCUCCUUUAUAUGAAGACCUGCAAGAUCUCCCAAGGCGCCCGCCCUUACCGCACCGACCCAAUAUGGAACCACAGCUAGAGAUGGUUGAAGCAAAGCGGCCGAACUGUCAAGGUCGAGUGUUCGUCUGUGACACUGGUGGCACGUGGCGAGGAGGCAACCCUUGCGGCGGGGACGCCUGCGGUGCCCCUCUCUACGAAGAGCUGCCACACCGGUCCGACGACUCUGUGCACAGCGAUGACCAUUUCGCCGAGGACGAACUGAGCCUCGUCGGUGAAGCGGCCCCGUGUAGAACCUGCUCCCGACCGGCGGUCCCACAUUCGCUGCCGCACCGCCAAAGACCUCAACGUCUGGACCGGCGGCCCAAGUCUUUGGAGCGACGGCGAGGCCACCACCGGAUGCCGCGCCACGCGCACCCACCAGACCCUUCGGAGUUCCACGAAGGCGUGCUAUUGGAUGCACUGUUGCGGCUUUACCCUCAAGUGGGGACUGUCGGGGCGAGGCCUGGGCCCGUACCGAUGGCGGCGGGUGGGGCCUGGCCCGGUGGCGAGCUCCCUGGGAUCGCGUGCUGGCGGGGCCCCCGCGGGUCGCCUAAGCCCCCAAGCGGAGAUUCAUCAUUUGGCUCCGACUCUGGCUAUAGCAACAACACCUGCGGCACGUGCGGCACGCGCACCUCAUCCAGACACCGCCUGUCCGCCGAAAUUCCGAUGUCA